CAAGUUACUUAGCCUCUCUGAGCCUCAGCCUUUUCCCAUUGUCAAAUGGAAAUAAAUAAUCUAUCUCAGAAUUGUGUUUAGCACAGGGCUUAGCACAUAGUAAAGGCUGGGUUUCAACCACCUGCUCCCAGAGCUGUUGCAUCCUCCUGUGAGAGACUGGCAGGGCUGACUGAUGUUUUAACUACCCCCACCCCUGAUGCUGAGGACAGAUGGUGGCUGGGACGAUCUGAGGCAAGACAAGCCUGUCCCCAGCCACAGGAAGACCUCUGCCUGGCAGGAGGUCAGUAGGCAGGUCUGAAAAACUGGGUGACCUAUAGCUGCUAUCCACGUGGGAGGUUAGGGGGUUGGGUGGUGCCCACAGGUUGGGGGGUACAAUCACCUGUCAAGUGGUGUGAGUGCCGUGAAAAAAGAAACUUUUGUUUAAGAUCACUUCCAAACAAUGCCAUGGGCUGCCUUGUGAGGUACUGUGUCCCCUGUCACCUAGAUGCCUUCACCAGGGGCUGGUGUGUCAUAAUGGCUCAGGAAAGGGACCCCUCACGUUCUGUCAGACCCUGUAGCCACCCUAAUGCUAAGAAGUGCUCCAGCUUUUCUGUCAGGAAUGGCUGAUGUGGCUUCUCUUUUGCAUAUCAUGAUUUUAUGCUCCCUCCUGCCCCCUGUCCCCCGGGGGGCAGGCCCUGCAUUGGUGCUAGAGAUUCAGGGACCAGAGAAAAGUCAGAUCUGGCUUGGCCUGGCCUGGCCCCCAAAGGCCCAUGGCUUUGUCCCGAAAGCCCAUGGCUUUGUCCCCAAGGCACCUGGCCUGGUCAUGGCCUCUAGUAAACCAAAAGCAUGCAUGUUAGCACCAUGUUUUGCAUGUAAUUUCCUCUGUAGACCCCUCAAGCCGUGCUGAGAACCUAAGUUUUAUGGAGGAGCCAUCUCAUCAUUGACUGCUGAGAGAUUGGUGUUGACCCCACUCCAGAAAGGACUUCUUAGCUCAGGGUUCGGAGUAGAGUGUUCUCACACAGAAGUUCUCCAGCAGCCCAGUGUUUGUGUGGUUGUGAUGGGGACAGAGGACUGUGGCACUCCAAGGAAACCAGCCUGGCUCUGGGCAGAUGAGAUGCCCAGCCAGUGGAAUGCAGGGCCUAGUCCUGCACAGCAGGCCCAGGGCGGCUUUAGAGAGCAAUCCUGUCCCAGCAUGGCUGCUCCGGAACCACCUUCUCUGAAUCACACCAGAUGGACUAGCAGUCUGGAUCCUCAUUUUUCAGUCGCCACUCACUGGUGUAACAAAACACGUGCUCUACAGCGAUAAGUCUGAACAUUAAAGCAAAUUAAGAAUGUUUAUUUAUAUGCAUUUAAAAAUAUCUCCCUAUGUAAUAAAAGGAAGUACAUCUUCAUCUAACACUUUCCUUAAAUUAGGACACAUCUUCACUUCUGGUUUGAUGUGAUACCAGGAGAGAGAGGGUUGGAGAGAGAGAGAGGGAGAGAGAGGAAGGGGGAAAGGGAGACGGAGUAUUCACUGGUUUGGAUUCCUAAGUAGUUAUUUUGCCAAGUAGUACCCAGACUUCCAAGGAUGGGGGAGAGGAAAUUGUGGAGGUAGCAAUUGUUUAACAUGCUUGGUAGCUGAACUCGUGGUGGUUAGUUCUCUGAUCAUAAAACUGGGGUUUCAAUGGGUAAAUGGACCUAUGUGGACAAUGUCUUCUAAUGGGGUUUUGUUUGUAUUAUAAAGCACAGACUCUUCCAACAAAGGCUGUGGUGAUGGGGAGAGGAUGGCAGAAAGAUGUGAUCGGAAGGCAGAGGCUGGGUGGGUCAGACUCCUAGAUGCCAGGCCUGACCCUGCCUCUACUCCGCAGAGUGAUUUUGCAAAGUCCUAUCUCUUCUGGGCCUCAGUUUCCCCAUCUGAAAGGCAUGGGCCUAGACCCGUUUGCACUCACAGCCCCAGUGACUACUGCUGAUGUUCAGUGGUCACCCAAUGAUGUGUUUGCUUGAGGAAAGCUCAAGUCCGAGCUGUGUUCCUUCCCCCUCCCGCAGGGAUGGCUCCCCCCAGGGCUGGAUCUGGGAGGAGCAGGUACUGCUGAGAAGAGGCUAUAAAGAAGCCAGUCUUCCAGGGCUCCAGAGCCAAUGCCUCGUCUCGAAUCCCUCUUCAUGUGGUUCCCUGUGCCUUCCAUAGUGUCCAAUGAAACCCCUGUGCCAAUGGGAGGGGUUGUUCAGCAAAGCUGCCUCCUGUCCUAUGAGAGAUGUGGUGACAGGUCCUGGGGAAGGUGCAGGUGGGUACUGCCUGGCCUCCUUGGAUUCAGGAGCCCUGGCUUUUGCCUUUCCCCCGGCAUAGCCCACAGCCCUCUUGGCUAUGUCUCCAAAGCCCAGAGAGUGAGUGCUCUGUGUGGCUUCAAUCCUCUGAGACAGUUUCCUCAGGUGCCCAAUGGGGGUGCACAAACCUAACUUCCCAGGCUGUUGGAAAUAAUUAAAAAUUAGAUAUUAGAUAUGAGUUCAUCUAAUGCACACAGUAGGGCUCAAUGAAUGCUCUUUCCCUUCAUAUUCAUGGCCAAGGGGCUCCUUCUUCCUGGGUCUGGAGAGCCCCUGGUCUGCCCUGUGAGGCCAGGCUUCAAGGAAGUAGUAGCUGGGUGGGACCUGGGAAGGAGAGGUGGGCCAGGGACACGCCAGGCCCUCUAUUUAAGACAAUGCUUGGAGUUAAACCCUUCCCUCCUUCCAGGCUCCAGGAGUAUAAGUGGCUGCACUUAUAAUACUCACUCUCCCCAAAGGCCUCCCCAUGUGGGCUGAUGGUACGGCGACCCUAUGAUUUAGUGUCUGAGCUGGGGCACUUUUGAGAGUGAAAGGGGCACAAUUUGUAACACAUAUUGUAACGUACAUGCCAGGUCCACUAACAUACACUGGUUCAGUCCCACAAACGAAUGCAUGUAUAAUCACUCGAGCUAAUCAUUUCCCAUCCUAACCACUGGCUCACUGGACUCUCACAACACUCUGAGAGCUCAGCCAGGCAUGGGCCGGUUGGUGGUCUAUUUUACAGAUGUGCAAUCAUAACAUUCCCAAGGUCAUACUGCUGAUGAACAGGACCCCAGGUGCUCACGAUCUAAGUCACAAACCACCACCACAACAGUGGCACUUGUCCUGUCCCUUCUCCUUGCCCAAACCUCCCUAUGUCACUUUCAUCCCAAGGAAAGGAGAAGUGCUCAGGACCACCACUAUCCUGGAAGGUCCACGAGGUCUGCCUCUGUCACUGGUGUCACUCACUAGCUUUGUGACCUUGCAUGAGUAGCUUAGCUUCUCUGUGCUUCAGUUUCCUCAUACCAUCUGCCUCUCUAGGUCACUGUGUUGAGAAAAUAAGAUCUAGCCCGGGAUCUGGCAUACUUUAGGUGCUCAAUAAAUAUUGAUGGAUUGGAUAAUUGGAUAAAUAUCUGCCUAAUGGCUUUUGUUCUUUUGUUGACAGGAGUGGGCAAUUCACAGUCGGGUCAAUAAAUGUUAACUGGGCCCCUAUUAUGUGCCUGGCUCUGUGCUAAAUGUUUUCUAUGCAUGAUCUCCCUGAAUUCUCACAUCCUUAUAAAGAAAGUAAGAUUUUUAUCCUUAUUGCCCAGCUGGGGAAAUAGAGACCCAGAGAGGGUAGGUUUCUUGCCCAAGGUCACGCAGGAGACGGUGACCGAGGCCUCCAGAUCUUCCAGGGUUUCCGUCGCGGACUCCCCCCACACACACACCCCUUACGUGCUUGGCCCCUCCAAUCGCAGCCUUGCGCGGGGGCGCGCAUCCCCCCCCCCCCCCCCCCGCUGUCUGUCCGUCAGCCGUCUGUCUGGGUGUCUACGCGGUUGCAGCGGUGCGCUCCGCCCCAGCCUCCGGCCCCGCUUAGGGAGAGGCAGGCGUUAGCAGCGCCCGGCCCGCGCCCCACACCUGCAGCCGACAGACGGCACCGCCUGCGCCCGCGCACCCCGCAGCGUGUGAGCCGGAGCCGCCGGGGCAAAGGCGCGGCACCGGCCCGCGGCACCGGCCCGCGGCACAUCUCCUGCUUCCUCGCUGCUCUCUGCGCUGAAGGGAAGCCAAGCCCCAGCAACCAGCCCUCCAAGAUGAAGAAGCUCCAGGGAGCUCAACUCCGUAAGCCUGUCACCGCAGACCUGCUGAUGACCCCCAGUGACCAGGGUGAUGUAGACCUGGACGUGGGCUUUGCUGCAGACCGGGGGAACUGGACGGGCAAGCUGGACUUCCUGCUGUCCUGCAUUGGCUACUGUGUGGGCCUGGGGAACGUCUGGCGUUUCCCCUAUCGAACCUACACCAACGGAGGAGGCGCCUUCCUCGUGCCCUACUUCCUCAUGCUGGCCAUCUGUGGCCUCCCCCUCUUCUUCCUCGAGCUCGCUCUGGGCCAGUUCUCCAGCCUGGGGCCCCUGGCCGUCUGGAAGAUCAGCCCCCUCUUCAAAGGUGCCGGCGCGGCCAUGCUGCUCAUCGUGGGGCUCGUGGCCAUCUACUACAAUAUGAUCAUUGCCUACGUCCUCUUCUACCUCUUCGCCUCCCUCACCAGCGACCUGCCCUGGGAACACUGCGGCAACUGGUGGAACACGGACCUCUGCCUUGAGCACAGAGGCUCCAAGGACCGCAAUGGGGCCCUGCCCCUCAACCUCACAAGCACCGUCAGCCCCAGCGAGGAGUACUGGAGCCGCUACGUUCUCCACAUCCAAGGCAGCCAGGGCAUUGGCAGUCCCGGGGAGAUCCGCUGGAAUCUCUGCCUCUGCCUGCUACUCGCCUGGGUCAUCGUGUUCCUCUGUAUCCUCAAAGGUGUGAAGUCCUCAGGCAAGGUGGUGUAUUUCACAGCCACGUUCCCCUACCUCAUCCUGCUCAUGCUGCUGGUCCGAGGAGUCACCCUCCCAGGAGCCUGGAAGGGCAUCCAGUUCUAUCUCACCCCCCAGUUCCACUAUUUGUUGUCUUCCAAGGUGUGGAUCGAAGCUGCCCUUCAGAUCUUCUACUCCCUGGGUGUGGGCUUCGGGGGUCUCCUCACCUUUGCCUCCUACAACACGUUUCACCAGAACAUCUAUCGAGACACCUUCAUUGUCACUCUGGGUAAUGCCAUCACCAGCAUCCUGGCUGGCUUCGCCAUCUUCUCCGUGCUGGGCUACAUGUCUCAGGAGCUGGGUGUGCCUGUGGACCAAGUAGCCAAAGCAGGCCCCGGCCUGGCCUUUGUUGUCUACCCGCAGGCCAUGACCAUGCUGCCUCUGUCACCCUUCUGGUCCUUCCUCUUCUUUUUCAUGCUGCUGACGCUGGGCUUGGACAGCCAGUUUGCCUUUCUGGAGACCAUUGUGACAGCUGUGACAGAUGAGUUCCCAUACUAUCUGCGACCCAAGAAGGCUGUGUUCUCUGGGCUCAUCUGCGUGGCCAUGUACCUGCUGGGACUGGUCCUCACCACUGAUGGGGGCAUGUACUGGCUGGUCCUUCUAGACGACUACAGCGCCAGCUUCGGGCUAAUGGUGGUGGUGAUUACCACAUGCCUCGCGGUCACCCGGGUCUAUGGCAUCCAGAGAUUCUGCCGGGACAUCCACAUGAUGCUGGGUUUCAAGCCGGGCCUCUACUUCAGGGCCUGCUGGCUGUUCCUGUCCCCCGCCACGCUCCUGGCCCUGCUGGUGUAUAGCAUCAUCAAGUACCAGCCCUCAGAGUACGGCAGCUACCGCUUCCCAGCCUGGGCGGAGCUGCUGGGCAUCCUGAUGGGCCUGCUGUCCUGCCUCCUGAUCCCAGCCGGCAUGCUGGUGGCUGUGCUGCGAGAGGAGGGCUCGCUCUGGGAGAGGCUCCAGCAGGCCAGCCGGCCGGCCAUGGACUGGGGCCCGUCGCUGGAGGAGAACCGGACGGGCAUGUACGUGGCCACACUGGCAGGGAGUCAGUCGCCCAAGCCACUGAUGGUACAUAUGCGCAAGUAUGGGGGCAUCACCAGCUUCGAGAACACCGCCAUUGAGGUGGACCGAGAGAUUGAGGAGGAGGAGGAGUCUAUGAUGUGAGCAGGACGCAGGCGGACAGGAGGCCGCGCCCGGGAGCAAAGGCAGCUGCACCCUCUGUGGCCAUGGGAGGCCUGAGGCUGUGGAAGGUUGCCAUGGUGAUGCCAGUCCCCAGUGCAAGUCCCUCUUUGUGGCCUCUGCCUCUCCUGAAACGUCUGUCUACCCCUUUUGCGCACACACACACACACACACACACACACAUCCAUUCAAAGUUGAGAAUGAUCCAGCUCAGCCCUCACUUUGCAGGUGGAUGAACUGAGGUCAGGGAGGAAGAUUUGCCCAAAGUCUCAUGGCAGAGGGGACUGGACCCCAAGCCUCCGGACCAGACAGCUCCCUUUCUCAUAUGGCAGCUGGCACCACCCCCUCAUCCCUGUUCAGGCUUCAGCCCCCAGCCUUUUCUCGGAGAGCCUGCCUCCCCACAGCCAGAACUAGGCAGGGCCGCUCAGCACCGCCCAAGACCCACGAGGCUCCAGGCAUCGCCGGUUAGCAAGUCAAGUGGCAGAAAGAUCCCUGUGGGUUCACGUGUGCAGGCCAGGUUUCCUGAAAGAGGUAGGACCGAAGGGCCCUGAAAAUGGGGAAUUUUGGAGAGAGAGAAGAAAAAGAGGGUAAGGGGCUGACACAGCCCAGAUGUGGAGGUCAGAAUGCAGCCCCUGCCUCCCCUGGGGCUAGGAGGAGGCAGACUGCCGAAGGCAGACACCUGUGGCAUAGGAGCGGGGAGAGGUGGGAGAAAUAGGCAUUACCAGGUUAUACCAGGGUUCAGGUGGGAAUGGAGAAGGAUGGGGAGGAGAGCCAGGGAGGUGGGGUGGGCAGGGGAUUUGCAUGAUCUGGUUGUGCUUUAGAUAGAAUGUCAUUCUUGGUCAGUGCAUGGUGGACGUGGAAGGCCUAUGGAGAACAGGCAAGAGGGCCUGGUAGCUUGAGCUGGGGGUGGGGGUGGAGACAGAAGGGGGACCCCGCACUUCGAAGAAGGACCUUUUGUGAAACGAGCCCUGAGCUGAUCAAGACAGAAGAGAGAGAGAGGCCUGAGCUGCACAAGCUCCGGAGAUGGGAGGGAGAGGUCAUAGUCAGGACCCAGCUCCCCUCUCUUCCCUUCUCCCUGUCCUCGUGGACCUCACUGUGUCCUCCAGCUCCAGGCGCUGCCGGGAAAUUGGCCUUGGCUGUGGACGACCAGGGCAACUAGGAAACUUGGCGAUGGUUCACACAUAUAGCUGUGUGGUUUUGAUGCCGCUCACUCUGCUCCAAGGGUCCCUGGGCCCGGGUAUAAGGGUGGAGGCAGAGAGGAGAGGGCAGCUGACACCCCAGGCCUGUGACUCGAAGCCUUGGUAUGGGGGGAGCUGCCCUGGGAUCCCUUCUUCCCUGAGAGAUGGGGGUGGGGUGUGAAAAUGCCUGAGCAGGUCUCCUACACAUGACGUUCUCCAGUGGAGCAGGGCACCCACGUGUAGCCGGUCCAGCCUCUGUACCCCAUCUCUCUCCUGGUGUCUUGCCAACCCAUCUGUGUUCUGUCAGUUUAUUGUUAAUAAAAACCAAUG